UAGAAGGGCUCUGCGGAAGGUCCCACUUUUACCCAGAAGGACACACCUACCAACUGAAGUUAUCGUAAAGCAGCGUAGAGCAUUUAUACAUCGGUCUUAAACUCCUUCUUCGGGUCCGUCUUCUGAUAGGCAGCAGUAAAACUUAUUCCACCAAAAAUUAUGUUAAGGAACCCCACAUUAAGGAAUAUGAAUGCUGAUGAACUGCUCAGUGGAUCAAUCAUUAGGAUCCCACCCCACCACUACAUCCAUGUCUUGGAUCAGAACACCAACAUCGCACGUGUGGAGAUCGGCCCCCUAACCUACAUCCGCCAGGACAAUGAGAGGGUUCUCUUUGCCCCAGUGCGCAUGAUCAUGGUGCCACCCCGGCACUACUGUGUUGUGCUCAACCCUGUUGCUCGUGACAAUGAAGGCCAGGUACAGUUUGAUGCAUCUGGUCAAGCCAAGCUACGACAUGCUGACCUGGAGAUCCGUCUGACUCAGGAUCCAUUCCCUCUCUACCCUGGAGAAGAGAUUCAAAAAGACGUGACACCACUGCAGAUUGUGUACCCCGAUACAGCCCUGCGUCUGCAGGCCCUGCUGGACUUUGAAGAGAAAGGAGGAGAAAAGAGAGUUGCAGGAGACGAGUGGCUGUUUGAGGGUCCAGGAACGUACAUUCCCAAGAAGGAGGUGGCAGUGCUUGAAGUCAUUAAGGCUACAGUGAUCAGAGAGAACCAGGCCAUUCGCCUCAGAGCCCGUAAAGAGGGUCUGGACCGAAGUGGCGUCCGCAGAGUUACUGGUGAGGAAUGGCAGGUGAGUAAGGUGGGAGCUUACCUGCCUGGAGCUCAUGAAGAGGUCGUGGACAUUGUCAACGCUUUCAUCCUCACGGACAAGAAAGCCUUGCAUGUGCGAGCUAUUCGGCCAUUCCGUGAUGCUGGGGGCCGGGACCGCCACACUGGGGAAGAGUGGCUGGUGACCGUGGCAGACAGAGAAGCCCAUAUACCCUCUGUUUCAGAGGAGGUUGUCGGGGUGGUCGAUGUGACGACUCUAAACAGCAGGCAGUACUGUGUGAUUCUGGACCCUGUUGGGGUUGAUGGAAAACCUCAGCUUGGACAGAAGAGAGUGGUGAAGGGUGAGCGUUCGUUUUUCCUCAGGCCAGGUGAGCAUUUGGAGAAAGGCAUUCAGGAUGUGUACGUGCUGUCUGAAGAGGAGGGGCUUGUGUUGCGUGCCGUGGAGGCCUUCAUUGACACUGAGGGGCAAGAAGAGGAAGAUGAGGAAGAAGAAAGCCGCACCAAAAAGCGAGGGACCCAGCGUCGUCCAGGUGAUCGCUGGAUGCUGCGUGGGCCGAUCGAAUACGUGCCACCUGUCACUGUGGAGGUGUUGCUUAGACAACAGGCUAUCCCGCUGGAUGAGAAUGAAGGAAUUUACGUCCGUGACAUCAAAACUGGAAAGGUGCGUGCUGUGAUUGGCCAGACCUACAUGUUAACGCAGGAUGAGGAGUUGUGGGAAAAGGAGCUUCCAACCAAUGUGGAGUCUCUUCUAAGUCAAGCCCGUGACCCACUGGCUGACCGCUCCAACCGAUCAAUGAGCUUUGGGCAAGCUGAGCGAGAUAAAACCAGAGUGGUGUCCUUUCGUGUCCCACACAAUGCGACCGUGCAGGUGUACGACUACAGAGAGAAAAAGGCCAGGGUGGUGUUUGGACCUGAAAUGGUGAUGCUGGGUCCUGAUGAGCAGUUUACAGUUCUGUCUCUUUCUGGAGACAAACCCAAACGUCCUAAUGUCAUCAAAACCAUUUGUCUCCUGCUUGGCCCAGACUUUUGCACUGACAUCAUCACCAUAGAGACAGCCGACCAUGCCCGAUUGCAGCUUCAGCUCUCUUACAACUGGCACUUUGACAUCAAACGGCCUGCUGAAGAGGCCAAUGCUGCUGCUCUGUUCUCAGUGCCAGACUUUGUGGGUGAUGCAUGCAAGGCCAUCGCUUCCAAAAUCAGAGGAGCUGUUGCCUCAGUGCAGUUUGAUGACUUCCACAAGAACUCCAACAGGAUCAUCUGUUCAGCUGUCUUUGGUUUUGAUGAGAAGAUGGCAAUGAGGUCCAGCCUGCGUUUCGCUCAGAACGGGUUAAUUAUCAGCAGCGUGGACAUUCAGUCUGUGGAGCCGGUGGACCAGCGGACCCGUGACGCCCUGCAAAAGAGCGUGCAACUAGCCAUUGAAAUCACUACCAAUUCACAGGAGGCUACGGCACGACACGAGGCAGAGCGUCUUGAGCAGGAGGCUCGGGGCCAUCUGGAGAGGCAGAAGAUCACAGAUCAAGCUGAGGCAGAGAAGGCGAGAAAGGAGCUGCUGGAGCUGGAGGCCCAGAGUGCUGCAGUGGAGAGCACAGGAGCAGCAAAGGCUGAGGCACAAUCCAGAGCUGAAGCAGCUCGAAUACAGGGAGAGGCGGCUGUCGAAGAGGCCAAACUCAAAGCAGAGGCUCAGAAAAUAGAGGCUGAUGCUGAGCUGGCCCGCCUGGCUAAGGCACGUGAGCAGGAGCUGGCCUUUAAGAAGAAUAUGGACCGAUUGGAGGUGGAGAAACAGCAGAAGCUGGUAGAGAUUGAAAGCUUGCGCUUUAGUAAGCUGGUGGAGAGUCUGGGCACUGAAACCCUGAAGGAAAUGGCUCGAGCUGGGCCUGAGCUACAGGUGAAGCUCUUGCAGUCUUUGGGUCUGAAGUCUACUCUUAUCACAGAUGGAUCCUCCCCAAUUAAUCUCUUUGCUACUGCCAAUGGCUUUCUGGGGGCUCUACAGGGCAAACAAGACCAAAAUGAAUAAAGAAUUUUAAAAAAGAGGAGAGCGGUUGAGAGGCCUUAUACUACAUGAUAUGCAUAAAUGAAACUGUGACGUUAUACUCCACGUUAUCAUUCCCAUUAGCUAUUGCAAUAAAGCCAUGAAAAUGCAGCAUAGCAGAACCCCACUGGCUUGUGUGGGUCAUAUGAGUCAACCCUUGCAACAUUGUAAUUGGUUACUUUUUUAGUUACUAACAUGUGUGCUUUCUCAAAAAACUUUGUGUUAAAGUGAAUGGGUCAAAUAUAUUGAGAUUGAAGGGAUAAAUGUGCCUAGAGUGCAUUUGUUUUUUUUGAGUGCCUAGAUUUUAGUUGAACCCAAAUAGCUUUCCUGAAUAUGUUUUUCUUUAUUACGCCAUUUUCAACAAUUAAAUGAUUUAAGUGUCUAUAAAUACCUGCUCAAAUAUCAAAUAAAACCAUGUUCCCAACUUUAUAA